GGAUAUAAAAUGAAAAGUUUGUUACAAGAAGUUUUACCUAUUAAUGACAAAAUUGAUCUUCCUUUUCCUUCUAAUCUUUCCAUCCAACCUGAGAGUGUUCAAUAUGGCUAUCGCUUAUAUUAUGAGCUUAUAAAUCAACAAAAGAUAGCUGUAAUGUAUUUGAUGGAAAAUCAAGACCUUUAUUGUUCAAGUGAUGUCCUUCAUAAAACCUUUUCUCAAAUUAAUACUGCAUUUCUCGAUGGUUAUUACAAAAAUGUGACAGAAGUUGUUUCUGAUCUAAGAUUGAUAAUUGAAAAUGUUUAUCGAAUAAAUGGUUUUAAUCAUUAUUUGAGUAAGCACGCACGAACAUUAGAAACAGUUUUAGAACAGAAAUUAGCACUACUUCCAAGGCAAAUACGUGACUUAUGUUCACUGGAGUCAACAAAUAUACUUCAAAAUAGAGAGCAUCUUAACCAAGGAAUAAAUGGAUCUCGUAGAAGAUCUAAACCAACAAAGACCUUAGAAACACCAAUAAUGUUACAACUUCGGAUGGAAUAUGAUGCAAUAGAUAAGCAACAAAAAAAAUUUCGAGAGGAACAAAGAAAAGAAAGAGAUGAAGAAAAGCGUAUCUGUAAUGAAAAACUUUUAGAACAACUAGUCAUAUUUGAAGAAGAAAUUGUAACAAUGGAAAUGUUACAAGACAUAAAGUUUUGCUGGCAGCUUCCGUGUGUUGGAAUGUUGAUAUAUAUGCUACAUGAUUUCAUGGGUUUAGAACAUUUCAACUACACAGAGUUUGAACUUGCAUCUUUUUUUAUGGAUAAAAGUAUGCUUAUCUCAAAGAUAUUCACAUCAUUACUCUCAAGUGCUCAUGAAAGAAAAAGCAUCAAAAGUAUAACCCCGCAUAAAUACAGCGAAUGGAAUACCUUACUUAUGUCAAAAGUAUCAAAAUGGUUCAGUGUUGCUUCUCAUGCUGGUGCAGAUUAUGCUGCAGAAAAAUUUGGUUUUGAUAAGUCAUUGUUCAAUAUUUUUGGACUAGAUAAUCCGAUUCCAUUUGAAAGUUCAUUUCUUCAACUUUCAUUAUCACAAAAAUUAACGUUACUUAAAGCACUAUGUGAAGUAGCUUUGGAAAAUGAUGAUGUAAUGUGCAAUACCCUUGCUGAAAUCCCUAUAAUUAAAAGACAAGACUUAUGUUUGGGUCAAGAUUUAGGGAAAAAUACGUAUCAUUUUUUUCCACAGUUUAAUUCUACAGAUAUUCGAGUUUAUAAGCAACAUUUUACUAAGGGAUCAUCAAAAACCACACAGAAUAGUUUAACAUAUGAACUAGUAGCAUGGAAUCUUGAUACAUUAGGUGCUAUGGUAUCUUCUUUCAAAUCAACCAGUGAAAGAAAAAAUUCUUGUUUAUAUAAUUUGCAGCAAACUUUACAAGCACUUUAUGAUGAGUUAUUAACACGAAAGGAAGAUUUUACAAAAUCUCAUCUGUCUGGAAAAUUAUCUGUAAUGCAAAAUUUUUAUUGGCCUAAUGGUGAAACAGAUGUUAGUGCAAUACCUCUGCAUUGUUAAAGAUUCAAGCUCUAUAGAUAUUUUAUCGAUUUUUCUCGCUGUAAACUUUAAAAAGAGUUUCAUUCUACAUUAAGCAUAACAAAAUAAGAAUAUAUAGAAAAGCAUAAUAAAAUAAGAAUAUAUAUAAAAACAGUUUGCAAAAUGAAUGCAACAAAAAUAUGUUUAGACACUUAUUUAUUUUAUCAGAAGUUUAUAUUAAGGUUGUAUUUAUGUUUCAGUAUUUUUUUUAACUGAAGAUUUUUUGUUUUUUAUUUAUACCAAACGAUGUGAAUUAAUUGGCAGAGUUGCACUCGAUUUAAAAUUAGAUAAUUUUCUAGAAAACGAUAUAAAUAGUUAUAUUUAGUUGAUAAUAGAUAAAUAACUAUAUUUACUUAUAUUUAAUAAGUAAUUUUUUUUGUGAGAGAAAAUAUAGUUGUUUUGUUGUGUUCCCCAUAGUUUUUUAAUCGAAUACAUUUUGUCAAUUAAUUAUUUUUACACAUCCAUUUUGAACGAAUAGGUUUUAUUAAGAAAAUUUCUUUUACAAAAAUUAUAAUAGUUUUCUUUUUUCAUAUAGAAUAAAAAUAUACAGCAUUA